CAAAAGACGUUCUCCCCAACCAAUUUCCUCCAGCAUCCGCCGACCAUCUCCCUCCACCCUCUCCACCGGCCAGCACUUCAGGAUGUCGCUGAAUCUCGAGAAACAGCUGCUCUUCGUGAGUUCCCAGCCUCGCCCAACCAAGCUGAAUACCAUGGGACCAUGGCUGACUUUCCGCAGUAUGGAGCUUAUCAUAAUAACCCGGUGAACGUCGCAAUCCACAUUACAUGCGUGCCAAUAUUGCUGUUUACCGGCAUCGUCCUUGCAUGCAAUUGCCCCCCCCUCCUUCCCACUCCUGAUGUCCUCUCCUUCCAAUACCUCCCCGCCAACGCCGGGACAAUCGGAGCCUUUAUCUACGCUAUCUUCUACGUGCUCCUUGAACCAGUUGCGGGCGGCCUGCUCGCACCCCUGGUGAUCGGCUCUGCAGCAUGCGGCAACUACCUCCUCGGAACCUACGGGUGGGAAGUGAAUUACUGGGCCGGGGGCAUCCACGUUGUGUCCUGGCUUGCGCAGUUUGUUGGGCACGGCAAGUUUGAGGGACGCGCCCCGGCGCUGCUGGACAACCUCGCCCAGGCGCUGUUGCUUGCGCCGCUGUUUGUCUGGAUGGAGAUCCUGUUUUUCUUCGGCUAUCGACCGGAGCUGAAGGCUCGGAUGGACAAGAACGUGGAGACUGAAAUUGCCAAAUUCCGUAAGGAGAAGAAAGGGAAGGCUGCAGCGCAGUGA